GGAGCCGUGGGGCGACCGGGAGCCGGGACCCUUUGUGGCCCGCGAUGGGCCCUCGCCGCCGACGCCGCAAGCCAGAGACCCCGAAGAGGCGCAGCGCGAGUCCACCUCGCAGGACCCCGCGGCGGGAAGCCUCCUUAGGUUCUUCCUCUCAUCAACAUAGUCGGAGGAGAAUUGGCUGGAUUAAGGAGAUCAAAAAUCUAUAGAAGAGCACAGACCUCUUGAUAAGGAAGUACCCCUUCAGCCGCCUGGCAAGAGAAAUAUGUAUGAAAUUCACACGUAGUGUGGACUUCAGUUGGCAAGCCCAGGCCCUGUUGGCCCUUCAAGAGGCAGCAGAAGCAUUUUUAGUUCACCUCUUUGAGGAUGCCUACCUCCUCUCCUUACAUGCUGGCCGAGUCACUCUUUUCCCCAAGGAUGUGCAGCUGGCCAGGAGGAUCCGCGGCAUGGAGGAAGGACUUGGCUGAACUCCUGCAGCACUGUCUC